AUGCUAUACAUUAAAUUAUAUCCUCUAUAUCUCCUUGAAAUUUUAACUGAAAUUUUCUUAUAUCUUGCUGAAGAUAAAACAUUAUACCCGACCUUAUUCGUCAACCGGUUGUGGCAUUUAUACUCUGCCCCAAUAUUAUGGAAAAAGGCUGAAUUUUCUGGUGACCUUAACAAUACAU